AUGGAUUCAAACAAUAAUCCUAGUCAGUCUCAAUCAUACUUUAGUCUUCUUAACUUCCCUUAUGAUAGAUUCUCUCCCAGUGUAAACUUCUCCUCUUCUCAAACCCAAACCCCUUUUCUUAGUCCACAACCGAGUUCCCAGCCGAGUCAACCUCCUAGUCAAGCAGAAGAGACACCAGAAGAGCGUAGAGAGAGAAGGAUAUGGUCCACACAAGAUGACUUAGUCCUAAUAAGUGGCUGGUUAAACACAUCGAAGGAUUCCAUUGUUGGCAAUGACCAAAGGGGUGGGUGCUUUUGGAAGCGUAUAGCCGAUUAUUAUGCAUCAAGUACUCAUGUACUUGAUGGUGCUGAGCCAAGAAACCAUGAGCAUUGUAGACAACGGUGGCAAAAGAUUUCUCGCGAAGUGAGCAGGUUCUGUGGAACCUAUGCAGAUGCAAAGCGUGAGAAAGCUAGUGGGAUGAAUGAUUUGGACAUUCUGCAGAAUGCUCACAAAAUCUUCACUUUGCUGUAUAAGAAGAAGUUUGGUUUGGAGUAUGCGUGGAAUGUCCUGUGGUUUGAACAUAAAUGGAGCGACCACACCCCUAUGAACCCAACUCCGAAGACAACCAGCUCUAACAAGAGAAAAGCCGAUGAUGCAGCACCAUCUACAGUAUCUGUUGUUGGUGAGCAUGAGAGCAGGCCUCCUGGUAUAAAGGCCAUGAAAAGGUUAAGGAACAAAGGGAAAGACAAGGAUGCCCCAGCUUCGAACAUUAGUCAGAUAUGGGAGAUCAAACAGAAAGAUUUGGACGUGAAGAAAGAACUCCAAAAGAUGUCACUUCUUGAUACCCUCAUUGCCCGCAAUGACACUCUUGAUGAAGAUGAGAAAGAAACGAGUCUUGUAAUGAACCAGUUUGGUUUCAGGAUAUGUUUUAAUGAAUCAGUUGAAGAAGACAUGGGACUUGACUCUAUCUACGACUAUGGAAUAAACAGCCCAUUACUAUGCUCUGCAACUUGGUCUUGCUGA